UUGAUUCGUGUUUUGCCCCAAAACACCCCUCGGACGGAAGCCAAAAAAGCCCACCUAUUAUACGCGAAUUAAACACCAAAUCACAAGAUAGAGAGAGCAAUUUCUUCUUCCGCCCUCCGUUUCUUCUUCUUCCUCGAAAACCCUAACCCAAUUUAAGGAUUCGCCAUGAAAGGUGGUAAAUCAAAGGCCGACUCUACGAAAACCGAUGCCAGGUUAAAAGGUAAAAGUACUGGAGCGGGAAAAAGAGGUGGAAAGAAGGAGAAGGAUCCAAACAAGCCAAAAAGGCCUCCCAGUGCUUUCUUCGUUUUCAUGGAGGAGUUUAGGAAGCAGUUCAAAGAGGCGCAUCCUGAGAAUAGAUCCGUCUCUGUUGUGGGCAAAGCUGCUGGAGAAAAAUGGAAAUCUAUGACCGCCGCUGAGAAAGCCCCUUUUGUAGCAAAGUCAGAGAAAAGGAAGGCAGAAUACAACAAGAAGAUGCAAACUUAUAAUAGGAAAUUGGCUGGGGGAGCGAAUGAAGCCGAGGAUGAUGAGUCUGACAAGUCCAAGUCUGAGGUUCAUGACGAGGAGGAAGAGGAGGGAAGUGGAGAGGAUGAUGAAGAGUAGAUGAAGGCAAUGGAGGUGUAAGUUGGAGGGGGGAAUGGGCGAUCAAUUUAUAUCUUCUCUACAGUCUACAACUUAGGAUGAUGACAUAGAAACUGGACAUUUACUCUUAUCAUGAUCAUUCUGCAACUUCUGUUUAGAAUAGGUUAGGGAAAAAAAUUGAUUUCAGGGUUUCCCUAAUUCUUGUUCAGAUGGGUUAAUACUUAAAUUUCAUAAUGAUAAUGAAUUAGUUUUAGCUUAA